AUGGCUUCUGCGCCGACGUCUCAAAAGUCAGUAACCUAUGGCCUACAGAAUACAAGGCGGCAGCUUGAAACUGCUCGUCCAGCACGACGUCAAUUUACGACCUUUUUGACUACUGGAUCUCUUCGUCGAAGAUAUGCGUCCUCUCCAUCGCCUGCUAUGCUGAGGCAUAUGCACAUUCGUGCCAUCUCUUAUUCUUCCAUCCCGAGAUUUGUUGCGCGCGCGUUCCGUGUGCCAAUUGCUGGAGCUACAAUUGGGGCAGGAAGUUUUGGUUAUGCGAACUAUAAGUUUGAAGAAAUGCGGACCAAAACCAAUAAAUGGAUUAGUUCUGCACAGGACACCGUCAGCGACGUCUUUGAAACUGCCUCAGACAGUAUAAAUGCCGUCACUGCACGAUUUGCCGACAUGAAGUUACCAGAGAUUCCGUCUGUAGAAGCACCCCAAUUUUUAAAGGACUUGUUCACGGCCAAGCAACAAAACGAGGAAGAUCCCAAUCACGACCAAGAGCCCAAGAAUUCGAACAACUCCCCCAAUGAUGCGGCAGCGAUUGCCGCUCUUGUCGCUGCAACAAUGUCAUCUCCUUCGGACUCCAAAGAUAAGCAAGAUGGUCUCGCUGCCGACGCACGACAGAAUGGACUUAUGCACCUCACGCGCAAACUUAUUGAAAUUCGAAGUAUGCUUUUGAGCAUCGACCAGAGUGACGCUCUUAAGCUCCCCAGUAUCGUUGUCAUUGGUAGUCAAAGCUCAGGAAAGAGUUCAGUAUUGGAAGCCAUCGUGGGACACGAGUUCUUGCCAAAAGGCAACAAUAUGGUCACUCGUCGUCCCAUAGAACUGACGCUUAUCCAUACUCCACCAAAGGACGGUAAAAUUCCUGCCGAGUAUGGCGAAUUCCCUGGAUUGGGUCUCGGGAAAAUGAAAGAUUUUACAGAUAUUCAGCGUACUUUGACAGAGCUAAACCUUGCUGUCCCUUCCUCGGAGGCCGUGUCAAACGAUCCUAUCGAUCUGCGGAUAUAUUCACCUAAUGUUCCUGACCUGACCCUCAUUGACCUCCCUGGAUACGUCCAGAUCUCCUCGCUCGACCAGCCGGAAACCUUGAAGGAGAAGAUUGCGUCCCUGUGCGAGAAGUACAUCAGGGAACCCAACAUCAUUCUUGCUGUAUGCGCAGCCGAUGUCGAUCUAGCCAAUUCCCCUGCCCUCAGGGCUAGCAGAAAAGUUGACCCCCUUGGACUACGUACCAUUGGCGUUAUCACAAAGAUGGAUCUGGUUCCACCUGAGCAAGGUGCUGGCAUUUUGUCUGGUAAUAGGUACCCAUUACACCUCGGGUAUGUUGGUGUCGUAGCCAAGUCACACGGUAAACGAUCCAGCAACGACACAACUGUUGUCGCCAAACGUGGCGAGAAUGAUUAUUUCGGCGCACAUAGGGAGAUCUUUGGGAGUCAAACUUCUCUUAUGGUCGGUACGGAUACCUUGCGUCGUAGACUUAUGGAGGUCCUGGAAUCCUCCAUGGCUUCAUCAUUGCAUGGGAUUACUAAUGCCGUACAGUUGGAAUUGGAAGAGGCAACGUACCAGUUCAAGGUACAAUACAACGACAGACGCAUAUCACCUGAAUCAUACGUCGCAGAGACCAUGGAUUCCCUUAAACUUCGUUUCAAGGACUUCACCCAGCAAUUUCGCCGCCCAAUUAUAAGAGCUAAGCUAAAGGCCAUGCUCGAGGAUAAAGUAAUGGAUGUUCUCGAGCAACUCUAUUGGUUAGACAAGCGCGCUCCGGAGCUUGGUGCACUAGGAUCGGACCCCAAGCUCAAGCCCGAGGAUAUUGAACCAUACUGGAGACACAAGCUGGAGGCUGCCUCAUCUCUUCUGACAAAAUCUGGAGUCGGUAGAGAUUCAACACUUCUGGUAGCCGAUGGCCUUCGCUCUCUCAUCGACUCCAUAGCCACUGGCGAACCAUUCAACUUCCAUCCUCGUGCUGCCGAGCGCCUCACUGAAUUUUCGCACAUGAUUCUGCGCGAUCGCAUUGGAGUCACAUCUGACCAGGUUGAGAACUGUAUCAAACCGUUCAAAUAUGACGUGGAAGUUGAGCCAAGAGAAUGGGAAGCAGGUAGAGAAAGAGCGGUUCAGUUGUUUGAAAACGAAGUGGCAAUGUGCGAGCAGAAGCUUCAAGAAAUCAAGAAGAAAGUGGGUGGUGCCAGGAGGUUGAAUGGCCUGGUUGGCUAUCUCAAGUCGAUUGAGGAAAAGCAGAAGGAGCGGAAACUCGCUGCGGAUGGCGAACAAGUCGAGGAACAGCCUGUUGAAUCUUACCGCUAUCCCCCUGCUCAACUUUCUGAUGCGCGAUAUGCGAUGAUGUAUACGGACCGUAUUGGCAUUCUUAAACUACGUCUCAUGGCCUUAAAGUCCAAGAGAUGUCGCGCUGGUCCACAGAGCGAGGCAUUCUGUCCUGAAGCAUUCUUAAAUGUCGUCGCCGACAAAUUGGCAUAUACGUCUGCUAUGUUCAUCAACAUCGAACUUCUUGAUCAAUUCUUCUAUCAGUUCCCUCGAGAAAUUGACUCCCGACUUCUUUACGAUCUUGAUCGGAAGGAAAUCGUUGAAUUUGCGCGCGAAAAUCCUGUUGUACGACGGCAUCUUGAUUUGCAGGAACGAAAGGACAAGCUUGAGGAAGUGAUGAAGCAGCUUAAUAGCCUCUCCACCCUCCGCGCCGACCCCCAGCCUGCACCCCGCCGGCAUCGAGGUCUUUUCGGUAGCGUCUUUUGA